CAAAUAUUCAUAGGAACAAACUUCGUUAAUGCACUCAGAUUUAAUUGAUUUUAUUCCAUGGAGAUUUGAACACCACUUAAUGUAAGUUGUAUGUUAUAAACUAAACCUUUUGAUUUUUUUUUUUUUUCAGAAGAGAAGACAUGAUCCAUGAUCUGAAGUGUUACAAAAUGACUCUUUUGUAUGCUUUUAUGAAUAAAUAUUCUUUUUCAUGAAUCUAUUCACCCGUUUCACAUAAAUUGAGAAUAUAUGAUCUUCACAACUUUCAGCAACAGCUUAAGGAGGAUGUAUUGAAUCUGAAAUUUGAAGUGGUUUGGUUUUAGUGAGUUUUUAGAUAAUUUUAGAUGAAUAUUAAAAUUUGGCGUGAUUUUUCUUAAAGAACUCUAGUUACUCAUUUAAAAUCAUAGGAUUUGAGUUUUUAUUUUUAUAACUAAGAAACCCCUCUAACACCUUCAAAACAUUUAAAACACUCUAAAAUCUUCAAUUUAAAUUUUGUUCAAUAACAGUGGAUUUCAAAAUGUUUGUUAAAAUGACAAGUUCAAUAACACUGGAUUCUAAAGUGUUUUUUUAAAUCUUCAUUUGAAUAACAAUAGAUUUUUCAUUUUAAUACCAAUCAACCAAAACUCUUAGUUGAAUACCCUCCCUAAAUGUGUCUUUGACUUCAACGGCUGAAAGUAAUGAAAUUAUAGCCAAAGUUUUAAAUGUCACAAUCAAGUUAUUGUAAACUAUCAUCCUUUCUAUUUUUAUAAUACAAAAAUAAUUAGUUAACCAGAUGUGGAUUUCACUGUUAAGCAUUUUCCUCUGAUAGAUUUAUAUCUAAAAAGCCUCUUUUUAUAAUGUCAUUAGUUUAUAUACCCCUAUGUAUAGCAUAGCUUACCCCUACUCCUUUACCCCUAAACUCUUAAAAGACAACUAAAAAUAGAAUAUAAUGUCUGAACUUCAUAGCUCUCUGCAGCUUCCUGUGUUAGACUUAACACAACCGAUUCAGUCCUCUGUUCUGUCUUCUCUUUCUCAGGCCUGCAAAGAGUGGGGAUUCUUCUAUGUCACCAAUCAUGGAAUCUCUAAAGAGAUGUUCAGCAGAAUCUAUUCCUUGUCCAGAGAUGUUUUCAGUGCUCCUCUUGACUCAAAGCUCAAGCUUGGUCCCUUCUCUUAUACCCCUCGGCACAUCGCCUCUCCUUAUUUCGAAAGCCUCGUUGUCUCUGGACCUGAUUUCUCCAGCUCUGCUAAAGCUUCCGCUGAUGUUUUGUUCCAAGAGCAUGAAAAGCCAGAGUUAAGUGAAACACUACAAGAAUAUGGCGAUAAAAUGGCGGAAUUGUCCAAAAGACUAGUGGAGAUACUCUUGAUGAUGAUCUUAGGAGAGGAAACUGGGAAGAGAUUCUACCAAAAUGAGUUUAGUAAUUGUCAUGGAUACUUAAGACUAGUGAACUACACGCCUCCACAAGAUGUAGAGAAGCAAGAAGAGCUCGUUGAAGGUCUUGGGAUGCACACGGAUAUGAGUUGCAUAACAAUAGUCUAUCAAGAUUCAGUUGGUGGACUUCAGAUGAGGUCAAAGGAAGGGAACUGGAUUGAUAUAAAUCCGGGAGAUGAUCUGCUUGUUGUUAACAUUGGCGAUCUUAUGCAGGCGUGGAGUAACGGACGGCUGAGAUCGUCUGAACAUCGAGUUGUAUUGAGAAAGCUGGUGAACAGAGUGUCUCUAGGGUUUUUCCUCUGUUUUGAGGAUGAGAAAGUGAUACUUGCGCCGCAAGAAAUAGUUGGGGAGGGAAAUUGCAGGAGAUACAAGGCGUUCAAGUGUUCGGAGUAUCUGAAGUUCAGACAGAGUAAUGAAGUAGGGAAGUUUGAGAGGAUAGGUUACACUGUUAAAGACUUUGCUGGACUAACACUGCCUGAACAUGAUGAUCCUUGAGAGAGAAAACACACUAGUAUCCCGGUUUAGAGAUCACUAAACCGGUUCCUGGUUAAGAAAGGGGAAAGAGCUUACAGUUGUUGUGACUUGUGAGUGUCAUGCAAUAUCAAAAUAUUAGCUAGUGGAAUCCAAAGCUGCUUUUGGAUUCUUAUAAUCUUAUAUAUAUGUGGAAAACCUUUUGGCUGAGUCUUUCUAUAACCAUCUAAAGUAAUGUUUUUUUAUCAUGUUUA